AUGAGACAAACCUCUUGCUUCUAUCAUCUUUCAUUGACAGAGAAACUUAUGGUUGUUUUAAGAGAUGGAAGAACUCUGAUAGGAUAUCUGAGAUCUAUAGAUCAAUUUGGUGAGUAUACAGAUUGCUUGCAGUUCCCCUAUUUUUCUGUAAGAUAGUCAGGAAUGAGUGCUACAGGCAGCCAUCUUGACCGAGUCUAGCUUAAUAUGACUAUCUUAUCUAUGGAGGGGGUGGGGGACAGUUUGGGAGGAGGUGAGAAAAAUAAAGGGACUUCCACAACAGCUAAGCACACAGGAAGCGUUUUGUAGAAAUGACAACUUGUCAAUGACUUGUCCGAAACUGCUGUUGUCCGAAACAAAAGCACACUACAAGCGUUUUAUAGAAAUGACAACUUGUCAAUGACUAGUCCAAAACAUUGAACCAAAUACAUUUAUUAUCUAAUCACCAAUAAGGUCUCUGCUAAUGCUGGAACAACGCACUCCUUGAAGGCGAUCUGCAGUGAAAUUGCAACAGUCCCUCUAUUUUUCUCCCCUUCCCUCCCCACUGCCAUAAACACCUGAUGCCUGCUUGCCUCCCUUGUUACGUUGGAAACAAAUUACAAAAUGACUGUCUAGUGGUUGCUGUUAAUGUAACUGCCCAGUGAGUAUAAAACGCUGUAAAUGUUUUGAGCUCAGGAGUCAGUUGUUUAGGUAUCAUAAUAUUGUAAGUUGCCCAAACCCCUCCCUUGCAAAGAGGAAGAAGCUGGAAGCUCCUCAGACAUUAAUUUAUUCCUUGAUCACAGCAAGAACAGGUAUCACUGAACUAUCCAGGCAGCAAACAAACAAAAAUAGCAGGGACACUUUCCCCCUUUAACAGACAUCAUACUUGAAACAGUGGAGGUGCUGAUUGAAUUCAAUUGUUUCUGGGAUAUUUCAGCCAACCUUUUGCUUCAAGAUACCAUAGAAAGAAUCCAUGUUGGAGACAAGUACGGCGACAUUCCCAGGGGAAUUUUCCUUAUCAGAGGAGAAAAUAUGGUGCUUGUUGGAGAAAUAGUGAGUAGUUUUUAGAUAUCUUAAUAAUACCUUAAUUUUGUCAUGUGUAUGUACUUCUCCAUUCUGAAAAUAAGUCCCAGGGAUUAUAAAUUCAAAUAAGGGGCAUGCAUUUGGAUGGGGCUCAUGUGUGGAGAGGCCCCUUAAUACUGCACUUUCCAAAAAGAUGCAAACUCUAAAGUUCAAAACCCACCUUUUGUUUUUUUUGCUGCUGUCAAUCAUAAUCACGAUCACAAGCAACACACAAAAACACACUACACAGAAACACACAAAACAGAUUAAAAUCCUCAUUUCACAAUAUAAUCUCAGUAUUGAAAAGAUGUGCCAACUUCUGCAAACACUGCAGCAAUAAACUUCAUCCCUGUGAUGUUUUAUAAAUUACCAUAGCCUUAAUUUACUCAAAGAAAAGAGAAACAAAAUUGCAGAUUUUUUGAUUUUAAUAAACAUAAAGGUUCUUCUUCCAAAUUGACUUAAGUUUGCUGAUGAAACAAGGAGAGAAUUAGACAUGACAUCAAGAGUCCCAGAGAGCCUUUUUUCUCAGAACUCUUUAGAUGAAACAUUGUUACUGUUUUAACCAUGUUAAACCCCAAAAGAGACCAACAUUAACUUUCUCCAAAGAAUGUCAAUACAUUAACAAGAUAAAAGGUGAUGAGACUGAAUGAAGUGAUCACCAAAGGGAAAACCUUUGAUCUUUUAACAAAUUCUCGUAACUAUGUUUUUAAUCUUUAUUAUUAAGUCUGGAGAAUUUGUAUGGGGAUAUUGGGGGCCAGUGGUGUUAAUAAUGUUGUUGUUCCAUCUUGAAAAAGGAUGAAGAAAAGGAGGCCAACUCAAAACUUCAAAAAGUCUCAGUGCCUACAAUUUUGGAAGCUCAGAGAGAGGAGCAAUUAGCCAAAGAAGAGGAAGAGAAAGCAAAAACGAAAGCAAGGCUAAAUCAAGGACUUCCUGUAAAUGCACCAGACUCUUAUCUAAACAGUGAUGAUGUUUUUGGUUGA